UUCUCUCGGCGCUGGGCGGGAGCUGCGGGAGUCAGACUCUGGGAGCGCUCUCGCCGCCGUGUCCAGCCAGCCCGUCUCCGACGGUGUCGCUCUCCUCGUCGCCCCCGGACAGGCCAGGCCGGGGCUCGCGGACGUCCCCCGUGUGGCCGGGAGGCACUUCUUCCACCUGUGCUACACUGCUCUAGAGGCCUGAAGUUCUGCCCCCUGAAGUGAUACAUUAAACAACCCAACUCUUUUCUUUAUGGACAAACAUUUUAAGUGCCUUUUAUAGAAACUUCCUGCACUCCUAGGAUGAGCCUGGCACAGUGCUGAAUCUCUCUCCUCAUUGUCUGCAUCUGGAGUAAAUCUUUCCAAAAGUUUGAGAGAUGAUGAUACUUGAACUGAACAAUUAAGGUCAGGUUUAUGACCUAUGUAGUAUGCUUUUCUUAUUCAGAUUUCCUUAUAGAAUUUAGUUGAAUUGCUAAAAUUGUAUUUUAACCUUGGUGAAGAUUGUUGCAUUUGGGCAAUCAUUCCAAACUGUGGAUUAUAAAAGACUUGACAUUCUAUUGUAAGGGUUCUGAAGUCAAAGAUCUUGAGAUUAAUAAUGGCAGGAAAAUCAUCACUUUUUAAAGUGAUUCUCCUCGGAGAUGGUGGAGUUGGAAAGAGUUCCCUAAUGAACAGAUACGUGACUAACAAGUUUGAUGCCCAGCUCUUCCAUACCAUAGGUGUGGAAUUUUUAAACAAAGAGUUGGAGGUAGAUGGACAUUUUGUUACCAUGCAGAUUUGGGACACGGCUGGUCAAGAGAGAUUCCGAAGCCUGAGGACACCCUUUUACAGAGGUUCUGACUGCUGCCUGCUCACCUUUAGUGUCGAUGAUUCUCAGAGCUUCCAGAACUUGAGUAACUGGAAGAAAGAGUUCAUAUACUACGCAGAUGUAAAAGAGCCCGAAAGCUUUCCUUUUGUGAUUUUGGGUAACAAGGUCGACAUAAGCGAACGGCAGGUGUCCACAGAAGAGGCCCAAGCCUGGUGCAGGGACAACGGCGACUGCCCUUACUUUGAGACAAGUGCAAAAGAUGCCACGAAUGUCGCAGCGGCCUUUGAGGAAGCGGUUCGAAGAGUGCUCGCCAUGGAGGAUAGGUCAGACCACCUGAUUCAGACAGACACCGUCAGUCUGCACCGAAAGCCCAAGGCUAGCUCCUCUUGCUGUUGAUCAUUAGGCUGCCCCGUCAUUCUAACCAACUCACACAUACACGCAAAUAAACGCGGGGGGAGAAGAGAAUUAGCAUUUGCAGCAGUGGAUCAUCUACUCAUAAAAUUAAACUAAUCAUUGCUGCUUCGUGAUUGGGUGGGGGAAGGGACACACCACUCGCAGAAGAACCUAUUUACUCAGUAAUGGCAUCUUACAUUUAUAAAUUGUAACGGUUGUCUAAUAACAUUUAAUUUAAAUAUGUAAGUUACAGUGCUAAUAGAUGACCAAGACUUUAAUUACCAUUAAAACAAAACACUUGAAUAUUCUAGAAAUAUUGCUCUUUUCCUGGGAAAAUGGAGAACUACUUUUUAUAUAUGUAUAUUUUUAUGUAAUUAGCAUUCUAUUCCUGGUUUGGGGGUAAAAGUUUCCUAAAGCAAUAAUGUUAGAUAUUAAAGAUUAAAAUUGAAUGCA